GCAGGCGAGCGCGGCUCUCCUGAGGCCGCGAUGCGCUCGGCCUGAGCGCUCCCUCGCCGCCCCGCCCGGUUUGGGCCUCUGCGGGGCAGAGGGCCGCGAUGGCUGCGGGGAGCUGGCAGGAGACGGCGGCGCAGCAGGCCGAGGAGGCGGCGGCCCGGGUGCGGGACGUCCUGUCGGGCGGCCUGGGCCUGCUGCGUGCCGAGCUGGGCCUCGAGCUGGGCCUCGACCCGCAGGGCCUGCCCACCUGGCUCGCCCUGGUGGUCCCGGCCGCGCUGGGGCUGGGGCUGCUGGGGCUGCUCCUGGCCGUGGCCUGCGGAGGCGGCCUCCGUGGCCGGCGCGGGCCUGACAGCCGGCGGGGGCCAGGGCAAGGCGGCGGGCCCGGGCCCGGGCAGCUGCACCUGAAAGGUGACGAGCAGAAGAAGCGAAACAAGAAGAAGCUGCCGGAGAAAACGGCGCGGCCUAAUGGACGGUCUUUCCUUGAUGUAUCUGAGGAUGAAGUAAUACAAACUGUCCGUAAAGAAAACGUAAAGCAGCCUGUGGACACAGAAAAGAAGAAUGAAAAGUCAAAGAAAAAAAAGAAAUCAAAGGGAGAUGCUAAAACGGUUCAGGAUAUGUCACGUCUAGAUGGAAAGGAAGUUGAUGAAGGAACCUGGGAAACGAAAAUCAGUAACAGAGAGAAGCGACAGCAGCGUAAGCGAGACAAGGUGCUGACUGACAGUGGCUCAGGAGAAUCAAAUCUCCAAGGGGUGGAAAAUACAGUUACUAUAUCCAUUGAACAACUGAUGCCUACACCAUCGCUUCCGGUUGGUCUCAGAAAAAAUAAAGGUGAUGCACUUCUGAAUGCACAAGUUAGCAGCUCUAAACCUGCAAAGGGGGAGUCAUCAAUUCCACAAGUUUCUCCAGGAUUGAGUGAAAGCCAUACAGUAAAUGGAGGAAGCUGGAAUGAGAAGUCUGUAAAAAUCUCCUCACAGAUUGGUGUAGGGGAGGAGAAAUGGACAUCUGUUCCUUCAACUGCAGCUGGGAAGAGGAAGACUGAGGCAUCGGCUUGGGGCCAGGACACUGGAGAUGCUAAUGGAAAUGGAAAGGACUGGGGUGUAACCCUGGUGGGCAGGCCCUGGAAAGAGCGUUCUUUGUUCACUCCUAUUGCUGCUUGGAAUGUGGAUGCAAGGAUUAAUACCUCUGAACAGAAUUCUACUUCUUUCUCUUCAUUUGGAUUAACUCCUGGAGUUUCUGGAUCCAACAGUGAGUCAGUUUCUCAGGCUGGUACUUCUGAUUUUCAGUGGGAUUUAAGUCAUGCUCAACCCCCUGUUGAUGACGAAUGGUCUGGGUUAAAUGGACUCUCUUCAGCUGAUCCCAGCUCUGAUUGGAAUGCACCAGCAGAAGAGUGGGGAAACUGGGUAGAUGAAGAAAAAGUUGCUUCUGUUCCUCAAACUGAAGAGAUAUCUGAUGUUCAGAAGGCUUCAGAUAAUGAAAGAGAAAAAGCAGAGCCAAUUCUUCAGGGUUCUACAAGUGGCAAAUCCAAGAAAAAGAAGAAGAAAAAGAAGAAGCAGGGUGAAGAAGCUAACUCUCCUGCACAGGACACUGAAGAACUGGAUAGAGAAGCUGGAGAGGAAUUUCAGGAGGAUACCUCAAAAGUUCAACCGCAGCAGGAAAUAGCUUUUUCUCUGAAGACCAUAAGUACUAGUGAACCAGCUAAGGUAGGGAUAAAAAAUUGGCAACCUGAGGAGGCUCCUUCGCUUGCUGUUUCUACUGAGCCAUCUGUAAUUGUAUCAGAGAGCGAUUCUGACAAGAUCGCUUCCCAAGUGCCACAGAUGCUGCAAGAGACAGAUGUUUCUAGUCCCAAUAUUAAGCAAAACAGUGUGCCUCCUCUACAGACAAAGUCUGAAGAAAGCUGGGAAUCCCCCAAACAAGUUAAAAAGAAGAAAAAAGCAAGAAGGGAAACGUGAACUUCCUGAGAUGGACAUGUGUUGCUGAAUAUUGUCAUGAAGAUUAUGCUGUUUAUGCAAUAAUUUGUGAACAUGUACAGAAUUUUAUAUAAAUUUCAAACAAUUUUUAAAAACAGAACUGCUGUGAACAAACAUCUUUAAAAAGGAAUCAAAGGAAGUAACUUUAUGAUAUAGCAAACAGAACAUGCUACAUUUGAAAGACAUUCUGAAGAGUCUGUUUUUCCAACUUUUGGAGAGAGAUCUUAAUUAAAAAAAAAAACUGGUUUUACAACACAGUGCCCUGUUUACAACAGAUUAUACUCUCAUCUACAGCUGCGGAUAAAAGAUUAAUUUCAAGGAAGGGUUUUCUGUAAAAAUAAUUGUCUGUACAAUAGUGGGUGUUUCUUGCCUCUCUUAUGAGUGAUGCAUUAGAAGCACAGAAUGUCAACCAUUUGAAUUUGUUUCAUGCCUAAAUCAAAGUGCUUUGAUUAAAUACAUAAUCUGCCAUAUCUUUACAGUAAGUUGGUUAGCAAGUCUGCUAGCUAUUACAGGAAUCACAAGUGCAAAUCAUUAACCAUUUGUACAGUCAGACCUUCAUGGUUUAUUAUAUGAAGUUAACACAAUAAAACUGCUUUGGGUUAAAAGUUUGAGAAUGUGAUUUGAAACUUGAGUAUGGUUCAUGAAGUUAUUUUUGAUAAUGUCUAUUACCUUACUUGAAUUAUUGAAGAUAACAGUAUAUUUUUAAGAAUGCAGUAAUGUGCAUAAAAUUGGUUUUUUCUCCUUCAUUCCCUACAGUUCUUGGUUGAUUCAGACUCCUAUCUAAAACUGUUUUCUUUCAACUUUUAAACUCAUGGAAUGAAUUGAAAUCAAACAUUCCCUUCCGUUAACGCUUUUUAACUUGCCAUACCCAAUUCUGUUCUGUUCUCUGUUACUAAAACUCUGAAGAAAGCAAAGUGAAUUUUUUUUCACUCACAAAUUAUUUGGGAUUUCAAAGAUCUGUUGGAGAACUGGAAUGGCUUCAGACAGCUUUAAUUGACAUUGUCAAGACCAGUUAUCAGGAACACAUUUUUUUACUGCCUUAACCUGUAGUACGUAGAAUGUGUCUAGACUUCUGGACAGGAGUUAGUGUUUUUAUAUAAAAAAAAUAAAAAUUCAUGCAAGUAUAGCAGUUGUAAAAUAAAGACCAUUUCCCGCUUGAAACUGUUAAUUAAAAUGGUGUUUAAGACGUGUUGUCAUUUUCAGGCACUGUGUAAUUACAUGGUAUCAAACUGGCAGAUGUGUUUGUGUCUGUAAGGUGCAUGCUCAGCCAUGUACACUGUAAAUAGCCUUUACAAAAAUUUGUUGGAUAAGGAUGGUAAUUAACAUCAUCUGGUAAAUCCGGUUAAAGAGCGAAGAUUUUUUUUUUUUUUAAAUUAUUGACUUCUGGUUUUGUGGCACAAACAGAAUUGUUAACAGCUGUAACACAUGGUACUGAUAAACAAUCUUGUACUCUUAUUGUACUUGACUGCAGUUCAACAGUAUUGCAAGGCGAGAAUAGUUAAUGCAGCAAGCUGGUUUUAAUUGUACUGAAAAUGCACCUUGCUAAUGGAGAGCUUUCCUAAUAAACGGAUACUAACUUGCAUAGGUAUCAACUCCUGUAUAUCAGGAACAUGUGACACUCUAAAUUGAUUUGUUAAAAUAAAUUGAGCAUAUUGACAGUAUUGAUUUAUUUACUGGGAAGGAGUAAUGCCUGAAGACUGAUACCUGUCAAGAUUCAUGUAAAAUAAAUUUAGAACUGAAGUACAGCUUUUCAAGGAGUAUCUUCAGGCAAACAUGAAAAUAGGAUAUUACAAAAUCAUGCAGAGUCCUUUGCAUGUAAAUAAUAUUACAAUUUUACUUGUUGUCUUCAUAGUGAAGGUUAAAAAGAAUACCCUUUGAAUUCAGGUUUGUGAUGUAUGUCCGAAAUGUCUGUUUCCAAUCUGUAUGUUGUGCUACGAGCCUCUUUUGUAGAAAAUAUGAAGAUUUUAUGUAAUGAGAGAGGCUGCCCUCAAGGGCUUUC